AUGGAGAAGUACAACAAUGUGAUGAUCAAGAACGUUGUCAAACUGUGUCAGAUCCAGGACCAUCAUGCUAUCCUGGAGGUUGGCUUUGGUCCAGGCCUGGGGCUCCAGGAGGCUUUGAAGUACCUGAACCCCAGGGGCAAGUUGUUUGGCCUGGACGUCUCAGAGUACAUGCACAAGGUGUGCCGGGAGCGUCUGGGCCCUCAGCUGGCCUCGGGGAAGGUCCACCUGCUCCAGGGCAGGGUGGAGUGUAUUCCCCUCCCGGACCACUGCAUUGACAGAGUCUUCCACUCCAACUGCCAUCUCUACUGGCCGGACAUGGCCAUCGCCACCGCCGAACUGCUCCGUGUCAUGAGGCCAGGAGCGAGAAUGUUGGCAACGUGUGACCUGGUCUUCCUGCGUCAUGGGAUGACGCAGGGCUUCUUCAAAGGUGUGAUGGUGGAUCCUGAGCCCUACAUGCAGGCCCUGAGGGCUGUGGGCUUCCUGGGGGUCAGCAUGGAGGACCUGAUGGACGAGGGAAAGAGCUUCCAGGUCAUCUAUGCUACCUCUCCACCUCCCUCCACCACCGAGACUCAGAACAGUUAGGAACACGGAUGUUUUUGAUGGAUAUAACAGCAUAUUGUAUCAUAAAAAUGAAUGUUACUUCCAAGGAGAGUAUGUCUGUUCAUACUCAAUGUUUUAUAUUGAGCACUUGUAUGUUACUGUGAUGAUUGGUUGUCAGAAAUAAAGUAUUUACCUGUCAUUCACUUUGCAUGGGAGGGUUAUACACAGUACAAG